UGAAAAUGGAACCAGGAUGGAAACCAUUUAGACUACAGGAAAACCUGAACUAUACUUCAAUUACCCAGUUUACAUUUGAAGGUUUUACUGACAAAGGCAACAUGUCUGCAUUAAUUGGAUCUGUUUUCCUUAUUUCAUACAUCAUGACUCUUACAGGAAAUCUCUUUAUUUUUUACAUAGUUAGAAAACUACAAAAAUUACACACACCCAUGUACAUUAUGAUAGUAAACCUUGCAGUUUCAGACAUAAUGUACAGCACAACCAUAUCUCCUCAGCUUAUGCAUUUCUAUUUUCUCGGAAUUAAAGAGAUUGCCUUUAAUAUGUGUUUUGUUCAGAUGUUCUUUUUACAUUAUGCAGCCUGUGUGGAUUCUUUUCUUAUGGCUGCAAUGUCAAUUGAUCGCUUUGUCUCUAUUUGUUUUCCUUUAAGAUAUCCUUCCAUAAUUACAAACAGUAUAGCUUACAUAAUGUGUGUUAUAGCUUGGAUAUUUGGACUUUUAGUUCCAUUUGUUUUAGUCCUCUAUUCUUUUUGUCUUCCUUAUUGCGGUCCCAAUAAAGUUAUACACUUAUACUGCCAGCACAGUCAAGUGGCUCGGCUUGCUUGUAUGGAUACAGCCUAUAUCACCGCUAGAGCACUAGUAUUGGGUUGCACUGUACUUUUGGGUAGUUUUUUCAUAAUAUUUCUAUCAUAUAUGAAAAUAAUUAUGGCUGUACUUAAGAUUAAAACAAAAGAAGGCAAAACAAAGGCAUUCUAUACAUGUAGCACACAGUUAAUUGUAGUUACAAUAUUUUAUGUUCCUAGAAUAUUUGUAUAUCUAGCUACACUAUUCCGUCUCUAUAUACCAACUGAUUUAAAUACGGCACUUGGCAUUAUUUAUUGUCUUUUCCCUCCUUUAGUAAACCCAGUUAUAUACAGUUUCAGAACACAUGAGAUAAGGCAAUUUAUUUUGAAGAAAAUUGUGUUAAGAAAAAUUGAUCCUAAACAUGAUAAAAUAGGAAUAUUUGCGGCAUAAAGAAAAAUAGUUACAAACUUUUAGGAUACCAUAGAUUCAUCGAUUCUAAAUUGGCCCCCAGUGUGUGUGUGUGCGCGCGCGUG